CAGACCAGGCUGGAGUAUGGCAGUAUUGGGCCUGAAGGGGACCCUGAUGAUUUGAAACCACAUGGUACAUCCUCCAGUCCCUUCGAAUCUACAUGUAUUUGGUUCUCUGCGCCUUGGGUGAAUCAACCGCAAAAAGUUGUUUCGUGGCCAAUGGAAAAACACUUUUUGGUGAUGGGAACUUCUCAUUGGCCUGCAAACUAACUCCUUCCUGCAUGCAUGGGAAAGGCACCGGAGAGAUACAAUAAAUGUUUGGGGAUACGGAAAGAAUCUAUAUUUCCACACUGCAGUUCGUGGUGGGACCCAUAAUUAGUCCAUUGCGCGCUGCCUUGUCUCGUACGACUGCAGAAAGCAAAAAGGCACAGCUAGCUAGGCGUUGUUCGCCCUCUCCUUCUGUUUAUCACACAGUUGCCAGUCUACAGCCAAACGAGCAUCAUCCAAGCGCACGCUUCGUCUUUGACAUCAUUAUUAAUUUUCAACUGGAAGUUUGUCAUAACGUCAUAACGAAGUGCUACGAGAAGACGAUGGCCGAGUCAUCUUCGAACGAACGAGGUUGAGAGUAUCCACACGCUCGCUCGCUCUCGUGCGGCAGGAACAUUGCCCCGACGAAACCCCCGACACGAAGGAAAAGAUCGGGUGCAAUGCCGAUUCAAACCAGAAAAACGUGGAGUGAUUGAGUCCCUCCCAAAUCCACCCAGCGCACAAAAGCAACACCAAACAAGCACCAACACCAAAACAAAACCGAUAUGUUGGGUUGGAAGAAAGGCAAUCUGGUUUUUCAGUCAAACAUUCCCCGAACAAGAGAGUUUCUUGUUUGGCAAAAUUGAACGACAUCAUUCUGCAGAACACACAACAGGUUGCGUGUGAUCCACACCAGUAUCCUUUCUUCCGUGUCGGUGUCACUCUUCCUGUCUCUUUUUGUUGUGGGUGGUAGAUUGAUUGAAUCGAUUCCUUCCUCGUCUUGAAAUCGAAUAAUUCAAUCAUGUCCGGCCAGCCACUUGUUCUCUCUAACCAGGCAGUUGUUGUUGAUUGACUGACUGACUAGCCAGAGUACGGUAGAAGCAAGAGACAAGAAAGACCAGAGUGACACGGGAGUUAACCUCACCCGCCUCCCAUUCUGGCCUCCGCGUUGGAUUGAAGAGACCCUACCCCACGAACGUUGGAUCCACGACCAAGUCGGUUACCCGAGUUGCCGCCUCCAUAGUUGUGGCUUCGACCUCCAUUUCGCUGUGCAUACGUGCGGUUCUGUCAAGGAAUGAAUCAUUGGAUGGAAAGGUCAGACAGACAAGCCUGAAAAAGAAAGAAAAGAAAAGAAAAGAAACCGAACGAAACUCACCGAAGACGAUGCCGAAAUGGUAGGUGGGUUCAUAAUACUGGAAAAGAAGAGCGCAAAAAAGCUGUAGAUUGCCGCAAAUAAGUCGGAAAACCACCGUCCGAUGGACUUGGACCCUCCGACGGUCCCGUCUCCAGAGACGUAUACCAUUGUCAGAGUUUGGUUCUUUAGGUUUGUUUGUGUUGGUGUUGUUGUGUCGUUUUGAGAAUUUACCUGGGUGCCUGUUGCCGGUUAUUCUGCUGCCUUCGUGACCGGUGUGAAAACACGACACACGACACACGACACAGUCGAAAUGAAUUUUAAAAUUGAUCAACAUUGGAAUCUUCAGAGAGAUUUAUUACUCUAUUUUCUACAGUCCCAGCAAUCAGAGCGUCAUUUUCUCAUUUUCUCAACCUGAGAUCUUUGGAUCUUCCAAUCGCCAGUGCAAGUGUUUGCAUCACCAUUUCCCACAACAUCAUCAAAAGUUGCCGUGGUGGUCAAACAGUACCGGUAGGCAGGUACCACCGGUAUAUAGUGAAAGUAGUAGCACCAUGUCGUCCAAGGUGUCUGCUCCCCCCAGUGAAACCAACAAAGACAUUGACAAGAACGAUGGUGGUGAAUCCGAGAUGAGCCCCAAACCAGAACGAGUCAAAUUCGACCAGAAAGACGAAGAAACAGCCAAAGAAGGAGAAGAAGAAGUGGCAGCUCCAACGCAACGGAUUGAUGGCAGCCAGCAGAGUCUCCAGGGAAACUCUGUGGGAGAUGUGACGGCAUCUGUCGCGUCUUCUUGGGCUCCUCCUCAACAGCGUCGCACUACUGCCAUGUCGGAUGCCGAUAGUUCCACAUUACCAUCGACCUAUCAUCGGACAACUCGUCGCUCUCCCAAAAAGAAAAAGGUUCGCAGCAAAAAGCAUAAAGAUGAAUCACUCGCUGGACGCUUGGGAAACUCGGCAUUGGCCAGCACGCUGGAGAUUCUCAAACUGGCAGGAGGAGCCACUCUCCACACCACGGGUACCAUUUUGUCUCCUUCCCUGGAACUCACCAAAAAUGUCAUUCUCCCCAAUUUGCUCGGUUCUGCUGCCGACUAUCUGAGUCAAGUCAGUCCGCAACGGCUCAAGGAUUGGUUCCGCAUUUUCAGUGCCAGUAUUCACCAUCUCAUUGCCGUCAUUGUCAGCACCGAACGAGGGUCGAUAUUUCGUCACAAGGUAGUCCGCGUGGGAGGAAAUGUGGUAGAUGUGGCCUGCAGCGAUACCUCGCGACAGGUACUCAUGGAUGGGAUGGCUGCCUUUAUCAAACUCAACGAAGCCAUGCAUACACCCGAGUUCAAGUCUUUCCUGGAACAAACGAGUGUCCUGGGUUGUCGUGUGGUGGAUGCCGCGGCCAAUGGAGAGAACAAAAAGUUAAUACACAAUGUCGUCGAUUUGGCAUGGUCGGGAGUCGAAUUGGUCAAUGAUCCCGCCACUACGGUGGCGUUCGCCGAGGUAGCGGCAUAUCUUUGCUAUGCCUUGGAAAUGGAAGACACAGCAAUCCACGCCAUUGCCAAAGAGCGAAGCGAAAUCAAUCGAACGGCUGCCGAAAAACGACGAGAGAGGGAUCACUUCCAAGCGGCAACCUACCAAGACAUGUACUUGUUGAAUGACCCCAAUGCCACAGUCGAAGAGGUUAUUCUGAGUGCCUUUGGUGUCAUUCAAAAAUCGGUCGAAGAGGCCAAAAUAAGAAAUGCAGCAUUGGGUGGUGGUGGUGAGGAAAACGAUGAUGAAGGUAUUCCUGGUAGUGUAGUGCUCGGAUCGGAUGAUGACGGUGAGGAUGAGGAAGGAUCCCGAGCGGUGACGCCACCACCCCUUCCCGCCACACCGGAAAACACUGCUGUGAGCAAUGACGACAAAUUGGCCUUUGAAAAACCAGAAGGAAUCGGCGGUGAUCAUAACGUGGACGUGAGGCUCUUACGAGAAAAGAUCACCAAGUAUUCGGAAGGUCAGAGACUGGAACAGCUCCGAGCACGCACAGCUGCCGAACAAAAGCCAAUGUUGACAUCCAAUCGACAGGCGUCUGCCAUCACCGAUGAUUUUGAAGACGAUGGAAGAAAAGAUAUUGAGGACCUUUCCUCAUUGGUAAAAGAGGAAAACAUCCAUUCGCAGAGCAAGCCGACGCUGCACUUUGAAAGCAACCAGGGCGGCGACUCUGCAAGCAACAACCUUGGCAGCGAAGAGAAACCCGCGGAGGAAUCGAGUCCAAAGUUGCCGCUUAGCGAGGGCCGCCCCGACCGUUCCAUGCCUUUGGAAGGUGAAACCCCCGCCGCUCAUUUCUAUCGUGUGCUGGAUCAAGUAUUGACCGAUCGACGAGAGAUUGCCAUGAAAUCUGUCAUCCCAAAGGCGGACUUGGACGAUGCUUCCGAGGAAGACGUGCUGGAUUCUGGUAGAAUGAAGCGACGGUUAUCCAAUGUUCGUGCGGAACGGCGAACAUCCACUGCCCCCACGUUCAUUCAUCCAAAGGUCGCAGAGUUCAUCAACGAGAACGAAAAGUUCGUUUGUGCAGCCUUUUUCGCUGUCAUCUUCCUGGUGCUGGUGUUUUGCAUGUUUGGCUUUUACGGUAUGUACGCGUUUGUCUUCCCACCAACCCCGAAACAUAUGGCAGCUCCCGUCAGCCAUGGAUUCGUUGGUGGCCCCGGUGAGCUUCAUGUGCCCAUUGUCAUACAAGAGGGCGACCUUCGAUCGAGGCGCAGUGGCAAGGAUGAGUAUGUGAUACGAGUGGUGCGAGAGGUCGUUCAUGUGAACAGCAAUGGAGAAGUACUGCAACAUGUCCGGAAGCAUGAUGAUGAAUUAUAAUGAAAUAGUGAAGCAUGAAGGGUUUCAACCAUGCAAUCUAGCUUUGUGGUCGGCACUGGUUUUGUAAGUUGUUCCCAUUGGUUCAGUCUAGUUUCUAACAGUAGGGACGGGUCGAACCAAAUGCAGCUUUUCUGAUCCUGACCAAGAUCAUAGGUUACCGGUAGGGGCGUGUUGGUUCGAGGAACACUACAGCAGCUACCAGUGCGUGUAUUUGUGAAGAUGUUGAAACCGAUGACGAAGGGAUAAAUCGCAUAGUCUACUAAGCUAGUCCUAGCUAGUUAUCA